AUGACGGCUCGAGCUGAAUCCCGACUAAAGUUCCCUGAUCCACGUCGGGCAUUGCUUGGUCUAUCUUCAGCUCCAGCUGUUCGUGGUCUGGCAGGACCCCGUCUCGUCGUAUUCACCGUCACAGUGGAGGCAGUAUUAAUGGAGGGCGAUAUCGUUGUGGUAUCAAACUCGGAGAACUGUGGUUGGUUGCAUUUUCGGAUCGUACGGGAGAGCGACAAUCGUCUCGUUGUACAACGACUACAAACUGCUUCCGCUGUCAAACCAUCCCCGUUCGUAUUUGCAUUCCCGUUGCAGACCGAACAUUUUGUGGAGGACUGUCGCUGGCCCAUGAUAAGUCGUUUAUCUGAAACGGGCACUCUCCCUGCCAGUGCCUCGCCGCUUUAUACACACUUGACCCACUUGACUGCAACAUUACGGUUUUGCGGGUAA